CCGUCAGUAUUACGGCAUGUGAUUGAACUGGCGUAACAGUGAGUCUGUGUACAGGGGGACCUGUGUUAAGGUCACUUUAACACCCUGUUUUUAUUUUGUACUUGAAGAGAGCGUAGCAGAGUCAAGUAAUUAAAAGGCAAAAGAUGGUAUUUCUAACAUUACCUUGUUGGAUUCGCAGCCGUGGACCCGACAGGUUCUGGAAAGUCCAGGAACUUCUUCAACAUGCUCGGCAUUUCAGAGGCAGGAAGAACCGCUGCUACAGUCUGGCCGUGCGGGCUGUCAGAAGGGCUUUCGUCUACGCCACCAAAGCUCGGCAGCUUAAAAAACGCAACAUGAGGAGGCUGUGGAUCUCCCGCAUUGCAGCAGCAACACGAGAGCACGGCAUGAAGUAUCCUGCCCUCAUCCACAACCUUAUAAAGAGCAGUGUUCAACUCAACCGCCGUGUUAUCAGCGAUCUGGCCAUCACAGAACCUCGGACUUUUCUCUCACUUACAAAACUGGCACGAGCUCGGCAGCAAGAAGGCUUCCGCGCAGCGUUGGGUGACGGCAAAGAGCCUCCUGGCGUCCUCUCUCGUGUUAUGUUACAGUAAAUGACAUGCUACAGUUUUGGAUUACCACUUGUUUUGGGAUUAAAAGAGCAGUGCUCUUGGAUUGUUGGUACUGUUCAGAUGCACCUGCUUUUGAUAUGUAUUCAAGAUGCUUUUCAUGUAAGAUUUACUUGAAUAAUUACUUUGUUCUUGUGAUGACUUAUCAAUCAUUCAUCACGACCUCUUGACACCAGGAUCUUGCUACAUGUAAUAUGGGACUAUUGGUGAAAGACAGCAGGACAGAUACUGCUGUAGUGUCUGGAUUCUUGACCUUUGAGGACCUUGGUUUAGUUGUUAUCCGUAAGCAAUGCAUCUAUUUAACAAAAAAGAAAAAAAUCUUUGUUCAUUGUUCAUGAAGAGUAUUCUUGAAAUGCUUUAACUGUAGUAAUCACCAGUUAAUCAUCACUAUCCAAGAUGCAGCUGACAAUAAACAACAUGGAAAAUGUCUAUCAACAGAAAGACUGACUUCAGCCUCUUUUUAAAUGUUAUAUUGUCUUCAGAAUCUUGAUAAACCACAUUAUUAUUCAUUUCUAAUGCUGUGUGUAUCACAUACAACCUUAAGUUAUGAUUUGAUGCUACUAAACUAAGUUUUAAAGAGGUUUUUGUUUCUGUGUAAAUAAAUGUUUCACCAUUUACUGUGGUGUUCUUUAAAUGCUUAGUUCAUUAAACACCUUUGUCAUAU